AGGCAGACUUUGCGCCCGGCCCUCCUGUACACCGCUGACACAGGCAAAGAUUGUGUGGACUCCCUCUUUUCCUCCCUUCCUCCACAAGUCUACAGUCUAGCGCCUCGCCACGGCCCGGCAGUGCACACCGACCGCCGCACGCCAACAGACUGCUUGCCGGCAAAAGAAGGUACAACUGCCUCUUGCAGCCUCUCACUACGAGUCCAGGCUCCGGCUCCAGUCGCAGCUCUCUGAUGGUGGUGGCAGUCGUCGUCACAGUCGCUCUCAGACCGCGAGGUGCUGCACUCGCCUCCGUUUGAACUCCGCUGUGGGGGUUGUUGUUGUUGUUUGUUUUUUUUGUAUUAAGUUUUGGUUGUUUUAACUCGCGGUAAUUAUAUUUCCUGACUCAAUCUGGAGUGGUGGAGAUGAGGGUGGAGACGAUGUUGAGCACGGGACUGGUGGUGUUCGAGGUCUGGUGUCCGGGAUACUGACGUGAGAUAUCGGCAGGAAGCCAGGAGGGAGUGAGGGAAGGAACCGUAACCUCGGACUGCGAAGGGCGACAACUCAAGGCACCUGCAACACUCGAUCCUGAGGAGGACAUCUCGGAGUCCCGGUUGCUGCUGUCGUGGUCAGUGCAAAGAAACAAAUCAACUUCAAAAAGACGACCGUCUUUGAAAAGAAGUAAACGACUGAUACUAGGAACAAAAAAGGAAAAGAAAAAGCUGUAAAAAGAAGUCUCUCAAAAUUGAGAUGGUGCGGAAAAAAAUUCAACCUUCACUGAAAAAACAGUAAGAAAAGCAACAGAUUUUUAGCACGAAUAAGAAAAAAAAUUUGAAGACAAAAAUAUAAAAAAAUGACAAAACAACUGUAAAUCGCAAAAAAUCUCGCCAAGUCAACAAGAACAAGAACACAGGUGUACACCUUCAUCCUCUGGCGAACAGCUGUUAUCCCACACGCUCCCAUCUCUAGCUACCUGCAUGUUUUUGUAACUCAUCCUCCUUCUGCUCUCCACCCAUCCUUCAACCCUUCCAUCCCCCUCCCUCCGAGAUAAUACUCCCCAGACCCUCCAAACCUCCACCCUCCAGCACGCAUCAGGCUUGCAUCUCCACGUGUCGGCUGGCGCGCACAGUCAGUCAGUCAGUCCGUGGCGUGCACGGGGGGCGCACGCGCGCUGGCGGUUAAGACAAAAGGUAGGAGUGGUGCGGUGGUUCCAGCCACGGCGUCUGGCAUCUCACGUACGCCAUAUGCCUGCUCAUCGUUGCCGCAGCGGCGGGGCAGGGAAACACCCCCUGCUGCUGUAAAGGAGCGAGCAUCUCCACUCACUGCCAGCGAUAUUCCUUCCUCCUUCUCUCUCUUCGAGUCUGGCUGCCAGCGCUGAGACUACUACACACCACACGUCUGCUGCCUUGCCACUCCAGCUUACAGAAAAAAACAACAAAGAAGAGAUUGAGAGAGACGUGGUGAUCAGAUAGAAGGCGAGCUUUGCGGAGGAAAAAUAUCAAAAGGGAGCUGUUGGUUGAUCACCAGAUACCCGAGUAUCAAGUAAAGAGGGUUAGAAGACAAGGUACUGACUACUUUUUGGUUUGUUCUCGCCCUAGGGAUUCUCUUAGAACCACCUAAAUACUUGAUUGAUGAAAAGUUGCACACUGGGUUUCCAACCAGUUCCUCAAGUUCAAGGAGCAGAAAUUGGAUUGUUCUGACCGGAAGAAGGACACGGGCUCGCAACUGAAGGCAAGAGAUGACGAGAGGACGCCAUCAGAGUGCAAACAGCUUAAUCGGGAGGUAAUGAAAGCUGUUGACCAGAGUUGCUGUGCUUGACUUUCAGAGUACUCCUCCUGCACGUGUAGCUUGUGAGCGGCAGUCUGGCACAUUCCACCCCGCUCGCGCACACCCGCACUCACCCACACGCACACACGCACGUGCCAGUGACGGGAGGAACACUAGACGGAGAAAAAGAGCAAGGGGAAAGAACCCCAGGCAUAAUCUGUCUUGUAGUAGGUGCGAGAUAACGGUGACGGUUCCUAGCCAAAGAGAAAGCCAGGAAUCCAAGAACAAGCUGGCGUCCGCUUCAAGUCACCUUUGACCUCUGACGUGUAAAUCCACGUUGCGCCUUGCUCCUGGGGAGAGCGUUGGUGGGACAGAGUCAAGGACCCUCCCGUUCGAUUGGCCUCGCUUUGGUGAAAGCUUUGCUGACGAGAUCGAGGCUGGUGUUGGUGGCGUGAAGCCAGGUCUGAGAAACACAUCUGACUUACCUUACUUCGGCGUCUACUUUUUUCUGGAAAGAUAGAUACGGUGUGUUAGGUGAGGAAUGUUUUGUGGAUGUGGAUACACGUACAUUACCUGAGCACCUGUCCAACUUUCUUCAAGAUAGCAGCCUUUUCCAGCCAGGUGGUGGUUCUCGGGAAAAAACACGAGUAUGAAAGGACACGUGGUAUAGUGAACUUUUCUUUGUGAUGUAGAAGCGGGUGGAUCCCUCUCCGACCACUUCAACCGUCGGCGGAUACUGUCCGGAGGUUGUUACCUCACCUGGUGUGUGUGUGAGAGAGAAACACAUGAGAAAGAUGGGGAGGACAGGUAGGAAGACGACCCUACCCGGGGUGCUUUGGGGAAUUCUAUGGACUCUGUGGUACCUGUUGCUUCCCAGUCAGGCAGUCAUGGACAAACUACGAGUCGGUGCCUUGUUCGAGCCCGUGUACUCAGGACAGAGAAAAGCGUUCGAGCUGGCCAUCCAGACCAUCAACCUGCGCCGCGACAUCCUGGACCAGGUGCUCGUGCUGCACGACAUCGAGACUGUACAGCUGCACGACAGCUUCGGGGCGCAGCGCAAAGUGUGUCGCAUGGCCAGCCAGGGCAUCGCCGCCAUGUUUGGGCCCAUGUCCAGCCUGACCGCAGCUCACGUGCAGUCCAUGUGCAACGCGUUUGAGAUCCCGCACGUGCAGUGGCACUGGGACGCGCGAGACACACGUGACUACUUCUCCAUCUCACUGUAUCCUCACUACCUGACCCUCAGCAAGGCCUACAUGGACAUCGUGCGCUACUGGGCCUGGGAGAAGUUCACCAUCUUGUACGAAGACAACGAUGGUCUGACGCGACUACAGGAAGUGCUGAAAGCAGCAGAAACCACGCCUGCGCAGAUCACUGUUCGCAAACUUCAGCUGGUGGACAACGACUACGUCACCAUCCUGAAGGACCUGAAGGACAGGGGCGAGACCCGCUUUGUCAUCGACUGUAAGGUGGACAAAGUGCGGAAACUUUUGUACGCAGCACUAAAGGUUAGCAUGAUCUCGGCAACUUUUCAUUACUUCUUCACCACCCUGGACAUUGGCCUGGUUGAUCUAGACGACUUCAGACAUGGCGCGAACAUCACGGCGUACCGCCUGAUCGAUCCCGACAUCCCUCGCGUGGUGGAAAUCAAAACGGAGUGGCUCAUCAUGUCCCAGGUGGGCGCCAGCUCUCCUCUGAGAGAGUACACUGAGAUCGAGACGGAAACAGCUCUUGCCUACGACGCCUUCAACUUGUUUGCACGCGCCCUGCACGAGUACUCGCAGGCGCAGGACGUCAACACCAUGCCGCUGUCCUGCGACAAGAUCCACACGUGGCGUCAUGGCAACAGUCUUCUCAACUACAUGAAGUCGAUGGACUUUGAGGGGCUGUCUGGACGAAUUCGGUAUGAAAACGGAGAGCGCUACGAUUUUAAACUGGACCUUCUGCAUUUGAGGCAAGGUGGCCUGAGGAAGUAUGGAACCUGGGACCGUCUCAAUGGACUGAAUGUAACGGAGACAAGAGAACAGUUUAUUAAAGAUGUCGAAAAGGCGUUAGCCAACAAGACACUGAGAGUGGCUGUAGUUGAAGAAGCACCGUACGUGAUUCAGGACAAAACCCAUCCUCUAGGCUUUAGAGGUUUCUGUGUGGACCUUCUGGAAAAAAUCUCGCAGGUAAAGGGCUUCAACUUCACCUUGUACAAAGUCGCCAACAACGCCUACGGCCAACUGGAAAACGGAACCUGGAAUGGGGUCAUGGGUGAACUCACCAGCAAGAGGGCAGAUCUUGGUCUGGGGGGUAUGACGAUUACUCACGAACGAGAAAGGGACGUUGACUUCACCAAACCUUUUCUCACCUUGGGAAUCACCAUCUUGUACCGGAAACCGAAGCCUAAGCCACCCGACUUGUUCUCCUUCCUCUCACCUCUUUCCAUUGAGGUGUGGGUGUACAUGAUCGCCGCCUACCUGUGUGUUAGCUUUAUGUUGUUUGUCAUCGCGAGGUUCAGUCCUUACGAAUGGUGUAAUCCCCACCCGUGCAACCCAGACACGGAUGAGGUAGAGAACCAGUUCACCAUCCUCAACAGCCUCUGGUUCACUGUAGGCUCGCUCAUGCAGCAAGGAUGUGAAAUAGCACCUCGUGCCAUCUCCACCCGCCUGGUAGCGGGUAUCUGGUGGUUCUUCACUCUCAUCAUGAUCUCGUCCUACACCGCUAACCUGGCAGCUUUCCUGACAGUGGAGAGGAUGGUGUCUGACAUCAACUCUGCCGAGGACCUGGCCAAGCAGAGUAAGGUCAUGUACGGGACCUACCGGGGCGGGUCCACCUACAGGUUCUUCGAGAACUCUAAGAGAACCUACAAACGGAUGUGGAAUUUCAUGUCCACAACGGACGGAUCUCAGAUAUUUGUCAACUCCACGGCAGAUGGUGUGAAGAGAGUGCUCGCGGGCAACUACGCCUACCUGGCAGAGUCCACGGCGGUGGAGUACGCCGUCCACCGCAACUGUGAGCUCAUGAACAUCGGUGGGAGACUGGACUCUAAAGGUUACGGCAUAGCGACUCAGUCUGGUAAGCAUCGCGAGAUCCUGACAGCAGAAAUCUUACACCUGACAGAGAAUCAGAUCAUCCACCAGCUGAAGACCAAAUGGUGGGAGCGACAGGAUGGAGCGAAGGACUGCAGUCAGGAGAGCACCCCACCCAAGGGCUCGGCCAAUGAGCUGAGCGUGGAGAACGUUGGCGGGGUCUUCGUGGUGCUCAUGGGAGGGGUCGUGGCAGGCUUCUUCGUAGCAAUGUGCGAGUUUAUGUGGAAGGCCCGCAAAAACGCACGCAAAGACCAGCAAACCUUGUGUUCCGAGAUGGCUGAGGAGUUUCGGUUUGCCGUUCGUUGUUUAGGAUCCAAAAAACCAGUGAAGAAGCGCAAUCAAGACAUCACAGACAAUGGCCUCCAGUUUAUGCCACUGACUGGAAACUAUCGACAGAACUCCGUAGGAAAGGAGGUUUUUGCAUGACGGCUCUCUGCGAGCACUUAGCAAAGGAAGAUGGUUCAGAGCUCGGGUCAGCCUGACCUACACAAACUCAUUUCUUUUGUUCUCUGACGUUGAGUGACGCUUUGUCGAACUCGCAAGAAAAGCUCGACUUUUCGCCGAGUGAAAAGAUCCUGAAGAACUAAGUGGGAUGUUUCCGGUUUGAAGACACGCCAUAUGAGAACGCCAUGCCGCGCCAUGUAAGAAUAAAAACAGGAUGGAAAUGUGGUGCAGGUAAACAAGCCUCACAUUUGAUGACAUGAGAUAUACUCAUAGCGUGGAAGACAGUAUCUAAUAUUCGGUCGAGUUAAAAAUAUAAAUUCAUUUUGGGGUUUGAAUGUAAACCGCCGUUCUUGUCUCGAUUAACAAAGAGGCUGGUGUUCCUGACGACAUUGCACCGUUCACGAUGGUCGUCCACACAUCAUCUUCAUUUCAUCUAUUCACUUCCUACACAUUCAUCGGUUAUUAGUAACCAAUCACUUCUAUAUCUCAAUGAAGGCCGAUUCCAGAAUGAUCUGACGGCUUUUUUCUGACUUCGCCAAAGUGGGUUUUUCUUUUUAAUGUGAUCGAACAUCCUGAACAGGAUUUGAUGUGUGUGUUUGUUGGGAGUCAUGACUGUCUCACACUCACAUUUCGGAUCGAGCCUGGCAUCCUGGGAUCCGUCGCUUGCUGUAUGUCCGAGAAUUUUUUUAAUUUUUUUUGUUUGUUUUUAGAGCAAAAUGGCUGUUUACAAAGGUGCAAAAAAGCCAGGAGUAAACACAAAGUGAUGACAAACUGGAAUCUCGUUUACUUAGACGAGCAGGUAAAGAACGACUGUCAUUAUGCUGUUACUGAGAUAUCACUGUACCUGUUGCAUACCUUGUAGAGGGAGCCUGUCCUGAUGGCAAAACUGUCAUUGAUGGCUAAUGCUGACAACGAAAACAAAGUGGCAAAAAUAAAUGGAUCGCUUCAUCUCAGCGCAGAGAACUCAUGGGACACGAAGUGCAGGCUUCAUUUCAUGGGAAAAUCACAUUCAGACCCCAGGUGUACAACAUGGAACAGAGACAGCACAAGGAAUUCGUGUAAAGGAAGGUAGUUUCGUACUUGAGAGAAUUUAUGGCGAUUAAAGAAAAUCGUUCAUUAUGAACUAAAAAAUAAAUAAAUUGAAAUGAAUGGUCUAUUUCUUCAUGACCAUUCUCCUUUUUCUGAUAAAGUUGUGUUUUAUGAUUUCUCCGGAAAUAUUGAUAAUAUUCAUUGCAUUUUAAGGUGAAAACAUUAACUAAACAAUAUGCAUUGUAAUAAUCUGGAAAUGUUUUAUUUUGUCUCCCUUGAUAAUUUUCCAGAUGACGAGUUAAUUAAAGAUUUAUUCUACCACAAUAAAAUCGAAGAACGAAGCUUAAUAAAAUGAAUUAAAUUUCUUGGGGAGAUAAAUAACAUAUUUUAAACCCUCGUCUGAAAAUUUUUUUCUCUUUUAUUUCAUUUAAUUUUCGAUGAAUCUUGCCUCACAAAAUCUGUCGUGCAACAUGAUUUUUAAUAGUUUUGGCAAGUGAAUCUUUUUAGUGUUAAAAGGUGGUUCGUCAUCAGAGGCGCACCUGUUUAACAGCAAAUCCUUUCUUCAGAGAACAUUUAUUUGAUCAAAUCAACACUUAGGAAGAUGCUUGCACUUUCUUGCCUGCUUAUUCACAUUUCACUUUUAAUUUCGUUUUAUCAAACGCCUAACCACCAAAAAAAUGGAUAUUAGGCGGUGAUGUUCUAGGACUUGAACGAAAGAUUAGAAGCAAAUUUUAUACGUUCCAGGUUUGUAGAAGAAAUCAGAACGAAAUUGAUUUUGUCAAAAAAAAAA